AUGUGCUCGUGGCAGAAUCCUCGAGCUGCACAUAUUCGAGAUACUGUAUGGAUAGAUGGAGGAUACCUAUGGUGGACGCCAGGAUUAGCCGAUGGAUCACUCGCCCCGGCGGAACUUGACCUUAACCCCUUAGGCUCAAUCUAUCAACUGAACUUCAGCAGGCCUUUCAACACUUCCGCAAAUAUCAGCGAGAUCCUUACCACCGUACCAAAAGGUUCGAUUGGGAACAGUCUUAACAAUUUGGCACCGAACUAUUUCGACGGUGCCAUGCUUGCUAAUGAUAAUGAAUUUUUUCUCUACGGCGGUCUAUUGACUUAUACCGAUACAUUUGCUGCGCCAGACGCGGAGAACGUAAUUGGUUAUCAGCAAUACCAAUAUGGAGCGCCGAAGGAGAAGUUCAACCAGGGUUUCCUUUUCAAGGAGUUACCUGAGGGCGACUUGACGCGGUAUCUAGCAUUUGGAGGGGCUGCCAACGCUCCAUCCGAGAACAAGGCCUAUUACUUUGGCGGGAUGCGCUCGCGCAGCUGGGGUCCCAUAUAUGUUCCCACAAUCAACGAUUCGCUGAACGCUCUCGAAACCUCUGAUACCUUGAUCACAUUGGAUAUGACUACACAGCAAGAGGAAACUUGGCAUAAUGAUACUCUGCCACCCGAUAUUAAAGGUCGUGGUGGCUCUUCUCUUGUAUGGGUACCGGUCGGUGAACAAGGCAUUCUCGUUGCGUUGGGUGGUGUGACGAAGCCAGACUUUACAAACGGAAACCUCACGUCUGAGAAUGAGGGACAAAGCAAAAACGAUAGCCCUGCCUUCAUGUCAACUAUAGACAUCUUCGAUAUAGCCAGCAAAAAAUGGUAUAAGCAGGACACCAUUGGAGGGCCCGGCCAGCUGGCGCUUGGUUGUGCUGUGGUAUCGGUCGCCAAAGAUUUGUCAAGUUACAGCAUCUACUAUUAUGGUGGCUACGAUGGACUGCAUAUGGACCAGCCGUUCAACGAUGAUGUGUGGAUUCUCUCUCUCCCAUCAUUCAUGUGGAUGAAGGUCUCAUCUGGAAAACCCGACCAUGCGCGAGCUGGCCACCAGUGCUUCACACCGUAUCCGGACCAGAUGGUAGUUGUCGGCGGUUAUCCGUCGAACGAAGGCAGCGGCAGUCUCAAUUGUUUAGAGGACGGCGUCGUCCAGGUGUUCAACUUGACAGAGGGGAAAUGGCAGGAGUCAUACGACCCGGAGGUAUACGGCGAGUAUGGCGUCCCAGAAAUGAUCCAUCUCAUGAUUGGUGGUGACUACGCUGGGGGCGCUACAAUGACAGUGCCAACACCGACUGGAUGGGCAACGCCUGAAUUGUCCAAAGUGUUCCAGACGACUUAUGCGACUUCAAAGAUCACCACCUAUUAUCCUUACGCUCGAGACAACUCGAACGGGGACAGAACUAACAUGGGUAACUCUGCUGGGCUUCCCACAUGGGUCGCACCGGUUCUGGGUGUGGUUCUCGGCCUCGUGUUCAUCUCGGCCAUUGUGGUUGGCAUCUUGCUCUACCGACGGCGCAAGCUUCUGCGGCGCGGCGGAGUAAGUGAAGGCGGUACUGUCGAUGAAAACGGCAACCGUGUCCUGUCCUGGAUCCGCGGACAGGAUGGCAAUCACAAGGCCGGCACCGUCACGACCGAAGAGACACCCAACAAUAUUGACGACAUGGAAUCUCAGGCCGGCGGCCAGACACCUAACCUACACCACCAAGAGAUGGCUCAGGCAAGGUCGACAACAGUCCAACACCACGUGCAAGAAAUGCCCGAUACGCCACUCGUCGAGCUUAUGGACACUUCUCCACGGGUAGAACUAGGCGACACCGGGCUCACCCCUAUCGACAUCAUCAACAAGCACACCCACUUCGCCCCCCGCACGCCCCAUUCGGCCCGGAACCCCUCGUCGUUCGGCUCCAGCAGCUACGCCGUCUCGGGCGACCACGCCUCCGUGUCGACGAACUCGCAGGCCCGCGGCUUGGCGGGUACGCCGAGCCUGGACCCCGCGCGGCCGGACUCGCCGGCGCUGGGCACCGUCACAGGCCCGGCGGCGACGAGCACCCCGGAGCCCGAGGCCGGCCGCGUGGUCUCGGAUCUCAGCAGCGUGAGCCAGCGGGAGCAGGCGCACUUGCGCAACAUCAGCGAUGUUACCGUAAGCUCGGCGGCGGGCACGGCGCCGCCCACCCCUGUGAUCGGCAGCGCAGUGCCGGGGUCGCCGCCGCCGCCCGUCAGCCCGCCCACAGCUGAGGGCAGGGAGCAGCAGACGGACUACUUCCAGCCCAUGGACCGGGCCGUGGGGGGAAACGCGCCGUCGAGUCCGCUGGCACGGCCGAGCGUCUUCCGGGAGAGUAAAACCGACCUCGAGGAUGGCAGUGGGAAGCGGUGA